UGAUCUCCAUACACAGACAAUGCGAUUGUUAUCUUUCCCUAUUAUUGGGCGGAUAGUAGGUGGGGAACGGCUUGCGCGUAGGCAACCUUUCAAGUUUCUCUGUUCAAUUAAGCUUCAACCUCCACAAAUUCUACACCUGCAGGUCUCAAGGACGACAUGGCUGUUACCUGUGGGUCUGAUCCCGAUAACCUAUGAAUUAAAAAGAUCACUCUUUCGCUGUUAAAUGGAUAGCGUUGAGUUAGAUAAUACGUCACCGCGCAGAAAAGUUGUCAAUGACGCUCCACAAGAAGAUUCAAGGGUGCCAGAUCGUAGCGACGGAAUACAUACAAUGCAGGAUAGCAAUCGCUUGCGCAAGUGGUGGUUGACCGAAAUUCGCCCGGAAGUAGCUGCUGAAGAUGGAGACCCGAGAGACUUCCUUGCCCUUGAGAGAACAUUUCUAGCGUAUGUUCGCACGGCAAAUGCGCUUGCUUCGUUUGCGAUCGUCGCAGCUCAGCUGUUCAUCCUCCAUCAUGAUUCUGUCGUGGCUGGGAAAGUACUGGCUUGUUUAUCGCUUGCAUUUGCUAUAUAUAUCCAGCUGAUGGGUGCUAUGCGGUAUUUUAGGCAGCAAAGGUCGCUUCAGCGGAGAAAGUGCUAUAUAUGGAACCCAGAGAGUAUCAGGGUUGCGUUGUUAUUCUUUGUGAUAUCUACUGUAGCCCUAGUGCUAGUGGUUGUGUUUGGAUAGCCCGGAAGACGAGCAAGUCCACGUGUUGACGUGCACGCUCUCCAGGAAUUAGCUUCGUCCUGAAAUAUACAUACUUAACUUUUUUUGGGGGGGGGGAAUACGCUUAGAAAUCUACAGCCAAUGUACAGCAGUGCCAAUUGAUAACGAGCUUUCGAUCAGGCGUUUGAAUGGAUUGCCUACUAGUUCAUACAAUUUUAGAACUAGUAGACCUACAUACAUAGCAUACAGUGUCAACGUCAAGUAUCUUAAUACAGGCCCUUGCUUUUACUUCUAAAUUCUCUAAGAUGCAUUAAAAUUGACAGUGGAAGUAAAAAUAUCUUCAUAGUCGAGGAUAUUGAGGACUUCUGGAAUAAGAACAU